GUCUCCUGGCUGGAAACUAAUGGACCAGGGGAGGAGAGUCAGGGUGAGGCGGAGCGGUUGCUCCUCUCUGCAGCAACCCACGCAAGGAGGGCGAGCUGGGCUCCGGUGUCUCCAGCAGCGGGACCCACCGACCGGGAGCAGCCAGUGACCAAAUCCCCGCGGCAGACGGCUUCCAGGGCAAAUGGAGGGGCAGAGGCCAGGGUGCAGAGCUGCAGCUGCUGUCCUAGCUGGGUCCUUGCUCUCCUCCGUCCUCCAAGCCACCAGGGUCAGAGCCCCGCGGGGCUCCCCACCAAUGCCGCUGCUGGAGGAUGUGAUCCCGGAGAAUACCAGCUGGGCUGCCGAGGAAGCCCAGGGUAACGAAUCCUCAGAGCAUGCGUUUUUCUCUCCAGAUUAUCAGCACGUCCAAGUCCCCUUUGAAAUCACACUCUGGAUCAUGCUUGCUUCCUUGGCCAAAAUAGGGUUUCAUCUGUAUAACAAGCUGCCUUUUGUUGUUCCCGAAAGCUGCUUAUUGAUAUUUGUAGGACUCAUCAUGGGGGGAAUCAUCUACGGCUUAAAUGACAAGUCACCACCUGUUAUGGACAGCGACAUCUUUUUUCUGUACCUCCUGCCACCCAUCGUCCUUGACGCGGGUUACUUCAUGCCCAGCCGACCCUUUUUUGAGAACAUCGGCACUAUCCUCCUCUACGCGGUCGUGGGGACAAUAUGGAAUGUGUUUGGGAUUGGCUUUUCCCUGUACGGGAUCUGCCAGGUGAAAGCCUUUCACUUGCAGGAUGUGUCGUUGCUCCACAACCUCCUGUUCGGCAGCCUGAUUGCUGCCGUGGAUCCCGUGGCGGUCUUGGCGGUCUUUGAAGAGAUACACGUCAAUGAAAAGCUGCACAUUUUGGUCUUCGGCGAAUCGCUCCUGAAUGACGCUGUGACAGUGGUGCUCUACAAGCUAUUUCGGUCUUUCUGUGAAAUGCCAACCAUCAAAAGCAUGGAUGUGUUUGCUGGAGUUGGAAAAUUCUUUGUGGUUGGGAUAGGAGGAGUUUUAGUAGGUCUUAUUUUUGGGAUGACUGCGGCCUUUACCACGCGAUUCACCAAGGAUAUCCGUGUCAUCGAACCACUCUUUGUCUUCCUGUACAGCUAUCUUUCCUACCUCACAGCUGAAAUGUUUCACCUUUCGGGGAUUGUGGCCAUUAUUUCUUGUGCCAUGGGCAUGAAACGUUAUGUGGAGGCCAACAUCUCUCUGAAGUCUCAUACCACAGUCAAAUACUUCAUGAAGAUGUGGAGCAGUGUUAGUGAUACCCUCAUCUUCAUCUUUCUUGGAGUUUCUACCAUUGGAGAAAAUCAUGAAUGGAACUGGCCAUACAUUUUCUUCACUGUCAUUUUCUGUCUCAUUUGGAGAGCACUAGGUGUUCUUGUGCUGACUUUCUUUGUGAACAGAUUUCAUGUGAACACCAUCACCACCAAAGACCAAUUCAUUAUAGCAUAUGGGGGUCUCCGAGGAGCCAUUUGUUUCUCUCUGGUUUUCUUGCUUCCCGACUUUCACAGAAAGAAGCUCUUCAUUGCAGCAACAACUGUUGUCAUCCUCUUCACUGUGUUCGUACAGGGAAUGACCAUCCGUCCUCUUGUUGACUUGUUGGCUGUCAAGAGGAAAAGAGAGACUGCUCCCACAGUGGGAGAACAGAUCCAUAUUCGGUUCUUGGAUCAUUUGCUGGCUGGCAUAGAAGAUAUAUCUGGACACUGGGGACAGUAUUACUGGAAAGACAAAUUAGAAUAUUUCAACAGCAAAUACCUGCAGAAGAUCCUGCUUCGAGAAUACGACCAGCCAAAAUCAAGUAUCGUGCUUCUCUAUGAAAAGCUGGAGCGGAAACAUGCCAUCGAGCUGGCAGAAGCCGGGCAGCUGGGUCAUGCCCCGUCUCACCCAUCCUUGCUCAACAGCGACAGGACUGUCAUAACAGACAAAAAAUUGGAGGUUACUCUGAAUCCGGAUGUCCUGGAAAAUAUACAGGAAAUAUUGGCAAGGAACCUGUACCGAAUAAGGAGAACGGGGCCAGCGUACAACAGGCACACCCUUCCCGGAGAGACCGAGCCCAUGGAGCAUGCCAAGGAGAUCCUGAUCCUCCGGCACAAGAGCCUGCGGGUGGAACUGAGUGGAGGUGACACGGCCAGCUCCAGGAAGGAGAAAGACGACUCCUACUCUGUGCAGGGUGACUCCAGCACGCAGCCCAAAUUGUGCCGCUCACUCACUGUGGGAAAUGCAGAAAAGGUUCGGGAAGUGAGACAGAACCGGUCAAAGUCGGUGUGUGUCAUCCCACAGCAGCAGCCCAGCAGUACAGCCUGGGGUGAGAAGAAAGAAAUGGAAAAAGAGCUGACUUUGGAGAUGUAAAAGCACAAGUGAUGCUGUUGGAUUCCCAUGGGGGAAUCUGGCUCUGUUUCAUGGAUGGCUACUAUACAUGUAGAUAAUGUAAAUAAGAUGCAUAUGGAAAAGAACAGCGUGGACAGGGCAAAAUAUCCUGAGCAGUUACUGCACAAUGCUGGGUUCUUAACGGGAACCAAGGGGAAAGAUGCACAGCUGAGCACUAGCAAUGCAAGGUAAUGGCUGAGAGAGAAUUUCUAAGAAAUGUCUAGGAAAAAUUGGUCUGUUCAAUCUGGGAAAAUUGCUGAAACUUUAUACAACUGCAAGAAAGGAUGUUUUAACAAGGUGAGAUAUCAAAUCUUCUCAUUAGUCAGCAGGGAUAGACUAAACAGCAGGAAGCAUUUAGAGUAUAUGUUAGGAAAAACUUUAUAAUCUCAAGGAGGGUUUUAUUAGGCGAUGGAGCAUGCCACCAGGAAAGACAGCAGAAACAGUGAGAAAUCCCUUCUGCUCCUUAGGAACUGAUGGGUCUUGACUAUGAAUAUUAAUUACGUGAAGUCCAAAGUUAAAUCAUAUAGUCAAAUAAGGCAUUGUGUCUUACCAGAUGGACUGUCCUACACCUAGACACAGUUCUUUUAAUGAAAACCUAUUACAACUGUGUAAAGGGGGAAAAUGUAUUCCUACUGAUUUUUUAAAAAUUUAUUUAGGGAGUGGUUCACCUCAAAAAAAUAAAACAGGGAAGCUCCAAAUCCAGUGGCGAUAGCAGGAGGUGAGCGUGCCAGCCCUUAAACAGAUGGGCGAGCCUCGUGUGGGGUCAGUUGGGUGCAGCGGGCCUGCAGAGCCUCCCCGAUGCUCUCUGCUGCCGUGGCCGAGCACUGCGGGGUCGGAGGAGGUUUGAACGCAUCUCCUUAGAAAACGUGGCAGAGAGAGGGACCCGAAACGUCACUGCUGUGGAGUGCUUCUGCCAGGAAAGGUGUGAUCAUUGAGGAAGGCGGGUAUCUCCACAUUUGAGUAAUUUUCUUUGAAGCUUCAGGUAAGUGUUCAAGGAUUUGAAUUCAUGUCCUUAGCUGAACCCGUUAGGGUAAGUUUUAUCAUCACAAAUAUCGACACUUUUCUUUAUCUUCCCCUUCCUUUUCAUUGAAGGAUCUGAGAGUAUUUAAUCAGAACGAGUGUCUCUUUCUGAAAUAAAAAUAAAAGAAACCAUAGGAAUUUGCAUACUCCCUUCCAUGAUAUUUUUGUACUACCAGAGCUAAUUGCCUGUGCGCAGAAAUACUCCAGUAGGAUACCACUGUCUGGUACACUGGGGCUUUAAUUUUACAUUAAAGUCACAAAAUCAGGUGUAUUUGCUUUGCAGUAACAUGAGGGUCUCAUUGUCAUUCGAACAAACACCUUUACAGUGUCCUGACGUAAGUUGAUAUAGUUCAUUUUGACUUGAAGGCCAUUCUUCACUGCCCCAUCACUCAUUGCAAAUCAAGACUGGACCUUUUAGCCUUAUAUGUGUAUUUUGUGUGCAUUUAUACAUAUAUAUACAUACUCAGUGAUUUUAGUAUAAGUCCAUUGUCUUCAGUUACUGUAUUAAGGUUUUGGUUUGUUUCCUAGUUUAACCCAUCUUGCAUGAGAGUUGUGGAUUCGCCUACACUUUGUUUAGAAACCUGCCCAUCUUUGAAUACGUUGUAAUAUGCAACACACGGAUACGUUGUAAUGUACUACAUUUCUAUUUCAAUUAAAUACGCUGUGUUAUGAGAUCA